AUGGAACUGCUUUGGUGCAAAAGUUACAAUGGUUCUAGAAUUGAAUACCUUGACCAGGAGACGUACUGUUAUUUGAAUGGGAAGAACAUAAUCCUUUCUGGCAAGAAAAAGCCAUUUGUGUUUCCAGGCAAAGGAAUCUCUGCUUUUGCUGUACAUAAACUGAACAAGCACAUAGCUAUCGGUUCCCGAGGCUUAAACCCAGAUAUUCAUAUCUACAGUUUUCCUUCAUUUGAGAAUUUCACAGUCCUACCAUCUUGUGCUAAACUUGAAUACUCUGCCAUUGCCUUUUCAUCCACUGAUUAUCUGGCAUGUUUGUCUGGUAUUCCUGAUUUCCAACUUUGUUUCUGGGACUACAAAAAUUGUAACCAGCUGUCUUCCAUGAAGAUGCCAGAUGAGAUUCCAAUUAGUUUGUCCUUUAACCCUGGAAGUUGGCACCAAUUGAGUGUUAUUUAUACCGACCAAAUCCAUUGCUACAAUAUUGUCAGAUGUCACACUCACCUGGAACUUCGUUGCAAGAUUAUACCUUGUCCUCCUCUUGAUGAGCCUACUAGCAAACAUUCACCGACUAAAACUGAGCAAAUAAACUCAGUCUAUAAUGGUCUCCAAUUAACCGAAGCAGCCAAGGCAGGUGAAAUUGGUGAAAGAGUUGAAAAAUUGCCCGGCUUACUCAAAAGUACAAAGCAUAUGACUCCAUUGUCCCAAUGCUGGUUGUUUUCCGGAAUCCUUUAUAUUGGUUGCAAGGAAGGGUAUAUACUCAAGGUGGACGGGGAUUCAGAUUCAGCAAAGAUAUUAUUUCAUCCUUUAAUAAUCAGCGAAGAGAUUCCUGAUGAUGACAGUUCUGAGCAAGUGCUUUCAAUAGAUUUUAUUGCUGUACAUCGCAUAGGACUUUUUGCUGCUUCUAAGGAUGGAAUUAUUCAGCAAUUUGAUAUUUUUGGUGAAAACCCAAAACUACUCUGCCAAUGCAUUGCCGAUACCUCAAUUUCAACUUUCACAUUCACUCCAGACUAUGAGAUGAUACUGGUCGGAUCACCUCAGGGCAUAAUUCAACUUCAUAAUGUGAAUAAACUGGAUCAAGUCAAACUUCUGUUCGAUGAGGAUAGCUCUCCUUUUUUAGCUGUGAAAUCUUUAUAUCCAGGUACAAAAACUGCUGUGUCUAUACAGCAAGAUGGUUUAUUACAAUUAUGGAACAUUGAAGAUGGAAAGGAAAUCUCUUCGUUGCCUCUAAAUAACACACUUUGUUCCAUGAGCAGCAGUCCAGUCAGCUAUAUAGUGGCCAUAGGAUGUGCUAAAGGCUAUGUUUGUAUCAUUGAUAUUACAACUCAAAAACAACCAAGAGUAAUUCACUGUGACCAUCUAUGUAAUGCUUCAAUUACACAUAUACAGUUUGAUUACAAUGGUGAUUAUAUAUUUUCUGUGUCAGAAGAUAACUACAUCUUCAUUCAGGAUGGCAGUGGAAUAAAUGGUUAUAAGAUUUAUGGCUAUUUAAAUUCUCCUGGUCAUGUAUCAGAUAUAACAAUUGAUACUCUUGAAGAUGUUGAUGUUUAUAUCACCCUCAACAAUGAAGAAGACAACAAAAACGCAGGAGCACACAGGCUGUUUACAUUUCAUUUGGAAUCAGAAUUUAAAGAGAACUAUUCAGAUAAAUAUUUGAGUCAAGAAUGUGAUUUUGAUCCUUGUAAACUCCAUACAAAAUUUUUUACAUUGCUUUCACCUGUUCGUGGAUUAACCUCAAUUGAAGGAGAAGUCUAUGUGCACUCACAAAAAUCAUGUAAAAUUAUCCAUUUGCCUCUUAAUGAGGAAGGAAUUGAGGCAUUAGUAGAUAACACAUCUGAAUUCUUAUCUGCUCAAGAAUAUUUUGAUAGCCACCAACUGCCUGGUAUAGACCUAUAUUGCAGUGAUGAUCAAAAAUGGCUGGUAUCCUGUGGUAAAGAUGGACUUCUCCAACUUUGUUUAACCAAUAACAUGAAUAAAACUCUGAUUAGAUAUGCCAGUCAUGACUUCUACCAAAGUUGUGCCAAAUCACUGAUUCUGACUUCUGAUUGUCUUCAUGUGCUUCUCACAAGUGAAGACGGUUCCAUUUCUUGUUAUAAGAUUAAUUAUAAGAGUGAAGAUGCCAUUGAAAACCUCAAAGAGACAGAGGAAUGGUUAAUUAAUAAAAAAGACAUGACAAAAACACUUCUACUUCUGGAGACCAGAGCCAUUGCUAAAUUAUCUACAGUGACACCCUUUGAAAAUGCAAAGGAAGAAGAACCAGAAAAAGAAACGGAAACCGAAACAUCUCCAACAGAAGAAAGUACUGAGUCUUCCCCAGAUAUGUCGACUCCUCCUCUAAAUGGGUCCUGGAUAGAAAUCAUGAAAGCCAAGCAUUUACAUGAGAAGAAUAAACAGUUUGCUGCUGCCAAGAAGCACAUCAAAGACUCAAUUAAACAAAUGCGGCAAACUGUUAAGAAAAUGCUGAUUCGUAAUGCAAACCUUCCAGAAAUUGAGCAGCUAGAACGCUAUGAGUUUGAUCUUGAUGUUGAAGAGCAGACACGUCUCCAGCAAGAAGCCAAAGAAGCUGUCUUACAGGUUUAUGAAAGAAUUGAACACGAGAAUCUUACCAAACUUUAUUUGAAAGAUAUUAUCAAAAAACAAUGCUUUGAUACUAUGAAAGUGAAAGGAAGAACUCUUAAGGCCUUUCUCAUCCCUCUUGAAGUAACAAAUUUCCCUUUGAUAGAAAGGUCAUUGAAAGCACAAAAGAAUUUGGAAAUUUUUCAAAAAAGGCGGAAUAUAGAAAUACAAGUUGAUGCAAUUAAUAAAGAAAUCAUGGAAUCUCUAACCCAGCCUGUUAUCAGUCCAAGUCUGGAUUCUCAGUUAUCUGAAGAAUUUUCAGAAGAGGAGUUAGAAGCAGAAGAAUCUGGGAAAGAGUCAAAGGAAGAUGAAGUUCUCGAGGAUGAUGCAAGUAAAAGCCCAGCAUUUCAAGAGGAGGAGGCUCCUGCUGUAAUACAAGAUCUGCCAUCAACAGAUGGAAGUCUUGGAGCUUUGUAUGGUGGUGGUUCUGAAUACUUAUAUAACCAAUUUGAAUUACAUUCAAGAUAUCAGAAAAUAGCUCAGAUUAUUUUGUUGCAGGAUGUUUUGUAUCGGAUAAAGGAAACAUUUAAUAAAGAAUUUGAUGAACUUUACCAAAGAAAAGAGAUGGAAAUUUCACGAAUUAAGGAGAAGAACAAAAGGAUCACUCAGAUCAUUAAAGAUCUGGAAGUGGAUGAAAAUGUUUAUGUUCCUGACAUGAGUGUUCAAGAAAAACCGGAACUGCUCCUUGUUGUUGAAGAUUCUGAGGUCAAAACUGAAAAGUAUCUCACCCCAGAACAAAAGAAAGCCCUUGAAGAAAAAAUGGCUGAAGAAGAACGCAAGAAAAAAGAUAAAUCAGAUAAUGUACGAGAGAGAGCAUUGAAUCACAUGAUGAAUGGAGUACUGGAAAUAAAGAAAGAAGAUGAACUGAAAAAAGACAUUCCACUUCCUAGCAUCACGACAAAAGAGGAGGACUGGACUGAAGAAGAAAUCAAGAUUAUGAAAGAAUAUGAAAGAAAAGUGAAAGAAUUAAAUGAAGAGAGGGAAAAAUACAGAAAAAAUCUGGAGACAGAGCUGAAGAAAAUGCAAGGUUCAAUUGUAGAGUCAAUGACAGCUUUUGAUGAACUUCUGAACAACUUGUUCCUCAAACACAUCCAAGUUGUGAAAGCAAUUCAUCAAGAAGAACUGAAGAUAAACAGGAUUAAAUUAAAUUUGAUGGUGCAAAAUGUUCUUGAUUGCCAAGAAAAAGAAUUAAUACAUCGGAUGCAAGAGAAGCUUGAAGCACAGAAUACAUUAUUUAAUGCUAUGGCUAAAUCUGAAAAGAUGAUCAGUGAUUAUCGUACCUAUUAUGAUCAGAUUGUCACAGAAGAUAAAGCUAUUGACAAAACCUUCAAGAAUGAAUUUCCUGGAGUAUCUCAAACCAUGGUAGAAACACUGCACAAGCUUUUUAGAAAAAGACCCAAAGCUUAUAAAUUCAAAGGAACUGAAUCUUUGAACUCCAAUGAAACCGAAAUCAUAAAUAUCUUUCAUGAGAAUCCAUCAUCACAGAAACCUACAGCACAGUCUACCCUUGAAGCCACUCUGGAAGAAAUGGACAGGUUUAUCCAUAUGCCAGAAGGCCUUGAUCCCAAAAUUUGGAUGAAGUUCUGUCAAAUCAGAAGAGCCAAAUUUUUAAAAGAACAACAAGUGAGGAAUUCUGCUUUUACUUUGGCAGAAAUGAAUGCCUUCCAUCAAGAAAAAAUCGAAGGAAAUGAAAAUCUCAGAAUCGAAAUUGAGGAAAUUGAAGUGGAAAUGAAGAAGUUGAAAAGAAAACGACAGCAAUUUGAUAUCGAUAUAGAAAUUCAGUUAUUGCUCAAGCAAGGCCAAGUGGAGUUGGAAACGGAAACAUUUAUUUAUAAUUUUUUGGAUUCAGUCGUCAUUCACAGAUGCAUUGUUGAAGAACUUAAUGGCAGGAUUAAGGAACUUGCAGAACAGAAAAUCUCAAGUAUGGAAGAAAGCAAAGAAUUCAAAAAAGGAAUCUUUCAACAAGAAUGGGAGCAUAGAAAAAUGAUGAUGGAGAUGGAAGACCUCAGGCAGAAAAUGAACGAUAUUCAAUUCCUUAAAGUUACACGAGAAGUUCAAGAAUAUCUGGCGCUUGAUGAUUAUGAUGGCAAGAAAUCGUUUGAAACUGAACAACUUGAAAAGUCUCUGAGUGGAAUCCGAGAGAUUCAUAAUAGAAAAUUUGUUAAAAUCACAGAAGAUAUUAAAAGGCUGAGAAUGAUGGUUUAUCAAAAACAAAAAGACAAUGAAAGUUUUUCAAAACAGAUUGAAAUAUUAAAUGUCGAAGUAAAUGACAGAUAUCAUAUUACGGAUGUAAGCUCCGAGAAGAGAGAAUACCUUCAAACAGAAAAGAAGUAUCGAACAAUUAAGCAGCGGAAAAAACUGGUUGACCUGGCCAAGUCACAAGCAGCAGAACUUGCUGUUCUUCGGAAAGAAGUUGAGAGAUUACGCAUGAAAACAUUCCCAGCUUUGCUUUAA